AUGGCGCUUUCAAUAGCAUACUGGGCAUCGUACAUAAAUGGCCAGAGCAAGCUGACCAAAAAGAGCGAGGCUGCAGUAGAAAGUGGAAGAGUGUUGAGGUUUACCUUCGACCAUGAGCUGCGAGUGAUGAACUCCUCGUUGCAGGCCUCAAUGCGAGAUACAUCGUACGAAGCUACACCUGAUAAGUCUCUGCAUUGGAUUCUGUCAAAGGAACCCGAGAUUGAGGCACUACCUGUACCAAUUGUUGAGGACAUUCUUUUGUGCCAGGAGUACCUUACAGCAAAGGAGCCACUCGCAUGGCUGAGGCAGCAAUUGAUCGUUUCACCUGAUAGAGUAAUACAAACAGCCUUCCUCACAAUUGGACAGAGAGAUAAUGCUACCUGGGCAGCAGUAAUGAAGCAUAUAUUUAUUGCUUCUAUUUUUGGACCAAUCAUUGCAGCUGCAAAGCGCAACCGGGUUAAAUAUUUCAUAAAGAAAAGGUUAUUGAGUGCCUACAACUUAGAAAAAAAAGCCCCCAUCCAGUGGGGUGUUACACAUGAGAGUGUUGCUAUAAAGGAAUACUGCAAAGAAAGGGGUGUAACAGUAUUGCCAACAGGAAUAUGGCUUCAUGAGACAGGAGUCUUAGGGGCUUCACCUGAUGGUUUUGUGCAAGGAACUUUUAAAGACAGUUUGAAUGUGCACCUCCAGCAUCCUCAGAGGAAAACGUUGCCAGACAUAGUGGAGGUCAAAUGCCCUUUCUCAGCUAAGGACUUGACUGUUGCAGAUGCAUGUAGUACAAUCAAGGAUUUUUACUUAGUUUUAGAGCGGACUCUUGGUAAAUCCAAAGGACCCCCACCCUGCUACCAAAUACAGCUGUAUAGUGAAUUUCUGGAAGCUAGUAUUCAAAGACCUGUAAUUAUUCCAGCUGUGUAUAAUUGAACCUCUUCUAGAUUUUCAACAUCAGACUGUGCAUCCAGACCAGACUUCAACUGCAUCUUACAAACGAUGUAUACGUUUGAGAUCAAAUAUCUCUAAAUAAAUUUAAUUUAUGGGUUUUUUUAUUAAACACAAGUUUUUGUAAGCUUUGUUUACCAAACUGUCAAUAUGAUCUGACCAUCCUAAAU